CGUGUACUUAUCGUAAGCGGACAUGCUCGUUCCACGGUUGACGGCUGUCAAGCCGAGGCGGACGUGAAACGGAGGGACGUCGUCGGUCGGUCGGUCGGUCGGUCGUAAUGAGAUGGUGCGCGUUGCGUGCGGUGUGCAAACCAGCCGCGAGUCGAAAAUAAGAUUACGAGUGUCCGCGUGCUACAUCGGUGUCUCGACGCGUGUAAACAUCGAGGGUGAUGUGAUGCCGCGAUAACGCGGAUAUUUCAUUUCGUUUGCGCAAUGACGUGUUCUCGACUGCACGUUCUACUGCGCGGAAUCCUUUGAGGAAGAAGGGCCGCGCUCGUGCUUGCUUCGCAGAGCGACGUAAGGGCUCGAGUCGUAAGCGGUCGCGAGCGAUCGUGGUCUCGUGGCUCUGCAAUGCCGCUGCGUUCCAGCGGACCGAGGAUUGACACGUUGUUAAUGAGGGCCGCGAUCGGCGGGCACACAUUCCUCUGCGCGCCGACGACCCGGUGAACAGAAUGGGCAAGCAAAACGGUUCGUGCUGGUGGUGCGUCAAGGCCGUCAAGUGGUUGCCAGUGAUCUUCAUCCUGACGAUCGUCGCAUGGUCUUAUUACGCCUACGUGGUACAACUUUGCUACUAUACGAUAGAUAAUUAUGUUCAAAAAGCUUUCUACCUGCUUUUCUUCCACAUCCUAAUUCUGAUGUUUUUAUGGUCAUAUUGGCAGACAGUGUAUACAAAUUUAAUGCCAGUACCAGAUAAGUUUAAAAUACCCGAUGUUGAAAUGGAAAAAUUACAACAGGCUGAAACUGAAGAAACACAGAGACAAAUUUUGGAAAGAUUUGCACAAGAUCUUCCAGUUACUAAUCGCACCAUAAAAGGAGCUAUGCGUUUCUGUGAGAAAUGUCAGUUAAUAAAACCUGAUAGGGCACAUCAUUGUAGUGUAUGUGGCACUUGUGUCUUAAAAAUGGAUCAUCACUGUCCAUGGGUGAACAAUUGUGUAGGCUUCCACAAUUAUAAAUUUUUCAUGUUGUUUCUGGCAUAUGGACUUCUCUACUGUAUGUUUAUUACUGCUACAUCUUUGCAAUACUUUAUACAAUUUUGGAAAGGCGAGUUAGACGGAAUGGGUAGAUUUCACUUACUAUUUCUUUUUUUCGUCGCAUUGAUGUUCGCAGUCAGUCUUACAUCUCUUUUUUUCUACCACUGCUAUCUCGUUGUGCGUAAUAGAUCAACAUUAGAGGCUUUUAGAGCACCCAUGUUCAGGACGGGAAAAGACAAAGAUGGAUUUAGUCUGGGAAAAUACAAUAAUUUUCAGGAAGUCUUUGGUGACAAUCCACGCCUCUGGUUUCUACCCAUAUUUAGUAGUCUGGGAAAUGGUGUCGUCUACCCAGUAAGAUCGCAACACCAAGGCACACCCAAUACUUAUGACUCCAUGGGCAGUACUCAGAACAGCACUGCUGUGAUAGGUCCUUCUGUUGAUGUCGACCAACCACUGAUGAAUAUCGCAGAAUCUGUUUGAAUGACAUUAUUGUACAUGUCCAUGCGUCUUCAUACAAUUGCAAUUUUGCUUUAUGAUAUUGCGACCAGAAUAUCAAUUUACAUUUAGUGUUUUCUUAUGUUUUAAUUCUCGACAAUGUUGGUUUGAAGUUUCAUAGUAUUAAUACUGCGAGAGAAACUUAUAUUGAAUUGUUAUUGCAGUCAAAGUAUUUUUAACGUUAUAAUUUGUUUCGCACUAAGAUCUUUGACUAUUAACUGUACUAUAUAUAUAUACGGAUUUGUUGAAAAGUAUACCGUUAUGAUUACUUGUAAUUUUAACUAUAUAUCGCGUAUAAUUAAACUACAUUGUAGAAUAAUGUGUAAUAUUAAUGUCACUAUAAAUUUGUAAUUAUAUGUGUAGAGUACAGAUUGUAUCAUAAAAUAAUGGGAAGUGUCACUGCAAUCAAGAGAGAUUCAGUCUAAGGAAA